CUUGCAUGUACAAAUGACCCUUGACUAAAUCAGAAACAAACCUGAACUAAAAACCCUUCCCUCACCAGUCGCCACCUCUUCCACUUCCCAAUGGCACCCAAACCUCACUACACCCCCAACCACAUCCCCGACCCAUCCUACAUCCGCAUCCUGGACACCACCCUCCGCGACGGCGAGCAGUCUCCGGGAGCCCCCAUGCCCGCCGCCGAGAAACUGGCCAUCGCGCGGCAGCUAGCGGCCCUGGGCGUGGACGUGAUCCAGCCAGGGUUCCCCUCCGCCUCGAGCGACGACUUCAACGCCGUGAAGGCGAUAGCGCAAGAGGUGGGCAACGCCGUGGACGGGGACGGGCACGUGCCGGUCAUCGCGGGGUUCUGCAGGUGCGUGGAGAAGGACAUUGCGGUGGCGUGGGACGCUGUGAAGUACGCCAAGUGGCCUAGGCUUUGCACUUCCAUUGCCACCAGCCCCAUCCACAUGGAGCAUAAGCUGAGGAAGAGUAAGGAGCAGGUGAUCAAGAUUGCUAGGGAUAUGGUUACCUUUGCAAGGAGCUUGGGUUGUGUUGAUGUUCAGUUUGGUGCUGAAGAUGCUGCCAGAUCGGAUAGAGAGUUUCUGUAUGAAAUUCUUGGAGUGGUUAUUGAGGCCGGGGCAACAACUGUGAACAUAGCUGACACUGUAGGCAUAUUAAUGCCGUUCGAGAUGGGAAAAUUGAUUGCUGAUAUAAAAGCUAAUACCCCUGGAAUUCAAAAUGUUAUUAUUUCGACCCAUUGUCAUAAUGAUCUUGGCCUUGCUACUGCUAAUACGAUAGAGGGUGCACGUGCUGGUGCAAGGCAAUUAGAAGUAACAAUGAAUGGGAUUGGUGAAAGGGCUGGUAAUGCAUGCUUAGAAGAGGUUGUGAUGGCUUUGGCAUGCAAGGGAUAUCAUGUCUUAGGUGGUCUACAUACAAGAAUUAAUACAACGCACAUAUUAAAGACAAGCAAGAUGGUUGAAGAAUGCUCUGGUAUGCAUUUGCAACCACACAAAGCUCUUGUGGGAGCUAAUGCAUUUGUUCAUGCAAGUGGUAUUCAUCAGGAUGGGAUGCUAAAACAUAAAAGUACAUAUGAAAUAAUAUCUCCAGCUGAUAUUGGUCUUAAAAGAUCCACAGAAGUUGGUAUUGUGUUGGGGAGGCUUAGUGGACGCCAAGCUUUGAGAAAGCGACUUGAAGAGCUCGGUUACGUACUUAAGGAAGAUCAAGUCGAUAGUGUGUUUUCGCACUUCAAAUCAAUGGCUGAGAAAAAAAAGGUUGUAACUGAUGCCGACCUCAAAGCAUUGGUAUCAUAUAAAGCGUUUAACUUAGAGCCUAUAUGGAAGCUUGGUGAUUUACAAGUCAUGACUUGUGGUACAAUGGGUCUUUCAACAACAACAAUCAAACUUGUUACCACUAACAACAGCACACAUGUUGCUUGUUCAAUUGGUACAGGAGCAGUGGAUUCAGCUUACAAGGCCAUUAAUCUCAUUGUGAAGGAACCUAUAAAACUUUUGGAAUACUCACUGAACUCAGUCACCGAAGGCAUUAGUGUAACUUCCACUGCACGAGUUGUAAUUUGUAGGGAGAACUAUCAUACAUCUACCUAUGCUUUCAAUAUAACUUAUCCAACGUAUAGUGGGAUUGGAACAGGAAUGGAUGUUGUUGUUUCCAGUGUUGAAGCUUAUUUGGUUGCACUAAACAAGCUGUUAGGAUGCAAGGAAUCAUUUAUAUGUGCUGAAAAAAUUCAAAUUUCUGAAUGAGAGAAAUUUGUGCUACUACUUGCAAUUGCGGUCGUCAUUAAUUUGAAAUCGUUGUUACAUGAAAAAAAUAUAAGGAUACUAAAGAGUGAUGGUGUAAGCUCCGUGUCUUUGUCGAGUCUUUAAAUUAAGGGAUUAUGCUUUGUACUUAAAUAUUAAUUGUCAACAAUAAUGAUUUAUUUAUUAUAAGAAACUGA